AUGGAAUUCCACGAUGAUGAUACGGUAAUCCCCCACUGUCUAGGUUAUUUCAACAAUGAUUCGGAUAAAGAAGACAUUACCUUCAAUUAUUCCGAUUAUAUUUAUAGCCCUGGGGAAGAAGACGACAUGCUCUUUGCGGGAAAUGUUUCCCAGAAUGUUGAACUCGAUGUGGGGAAUUUGUUGGAAAUAGCAGAUGAAUCUGACAAUUCUGAAUAUGCACCCUUAGAUGACAUUCGAAGCAUUCAUUCUGAUAGUGACGAAGUUGUUACAUACCCAGAAUUUGAAGGUGAUGUAGAUAUGGUGGAUCCCGUGCUUGAGGUAGAACUGAAGUUUAGGUCGAAAAAGGAGUUAAAGGUUGUGGUUAAAAACUUCAGCAUUGCCAAUAGGUUUGAGGUGCUCUUCUCGUAUAAUGAUAGACACAGAUUAGAAGGUCGUUGCAAAGAUAAAAAUUGGUUAGCCCUUACAUACAUUGAGACCUUUACUAUUGCGCCAAAGUGGGAUGUGAAAUUGUUUAAAACAACUGUUUUGAAAGAGCAUGGUGUAGAGAUUAGCGACGCAAAGGCGUGGAGGGCUAGAAGAUACGCUAAAGGGUUGCUUGGAGGAUCGCUAGUUGGGCAAUUUGGUUUGUUGGGUUCGUAUGCAGCUGAGGUUGGGAGAACAAACCCAGGAUCAACUGUUAUUCUAUCUUUAGACGAGCUUGUGUUUAAGGCGAUUUAUGUUUGCUUUGAUGCUUGCAAAAAGGGCUUCUUAGGUGGUUGUAGACCCGUUAUUUGCAUAGAUGGGUGCUUUUUGAAAGGUAAUUUUGGUGGUCAGUUACUUGCUGCGGUGUGUAUUGAUAGGAAUGAUUGUAUAUUCCCAAUUGCGAAUGCCAUUGUGGAAACUGAAAGUAAUGCUAGUUGGUUGUGGUUCUUGAAACUGUUGGGGGGAGAUUUGAUGCUCGAAAAUGCAUAUGGAGUCACAAUUAUGUCUGACAGACAAAAGGUGUUGGACAAUAUGGUGUUCGAGUUGUUUCCAAUGGCUGAGCAUCGAUUUUGUGUAAGGCAUAUGGAUUUGUUGUGGAGAGCAACUAAGUCCACUUAUUUGGCUGAGUUCACAGGUUGGAUGGACAAGAUUAAGGAGGAGAAGAAACCUGCCUGGGAGUGGUUAUGUGCUAAACCGGCUGAGCAAUGGUCUAAGUCCCACUUCAUGACGGCUUCCAAAUGUGAGAUUUUAUUAAACAAUCUCUGUGAAUGGUUUAACAACUACAUAAAGGAAGCGAGGGAGAAGGAUAUUUUGACUCUCCUUCAGUCAAUUCAAAACUAG